ACGGGAAGAUAAGAAUGUUAUAACGUAUGUAAAACAAAGACUAUCACAUUUUCCAGAUAGACUCUCGACUACACUGUCAUCUUCUACUUCGCCUUCUCUAGUCCCAAUCUCAACAGUGUCAAAUAACACAGAUGACGCAGUCAUAGGUGGAACUGUAGCUGCCGUAGCUGUUGUUAUGUUGGUGGUGUCGGUACUGUUGGCGGUGGUAUGGAUGAAAAGAAUGAAAUGUGGUUGCUUUAAAGACAAAUCAUCUGACGCUGAUACCCACGCACAUUCAGGUGAGGACGGCUUUGAACUGACUGGUGAUCAACGUGUUCAGUCUGACCAUCAUGCUAACGAAUAUUCUUCUCGAUCUGAGACUGGGCUGGGAGGUGAGAAUACCCAACAUGGAAUCCCAGACUACGAAUAUUCCAAACCAUCACUCUUCAGAGUAGCUGUGGGUCCUAGUACCGUACAUGAAGAUGAGGAUGGUGACUAUGAUGAACUGUAUGAUAACACUGGAGCAAAGAGUCAGCAAGGAGAUGGCAUGAACGCAUACAGUCACAUUCACAGUCUGGGUGAUGCUUCUGUGAGUGCUGAUGAUCCUUACGAUCUAGCAACGAAUACAAAAGUAGCACCAUUAAAUAACGCGACGUAUAGCCAUAUGAAUGAGAAGAAGUUUGAGAAUGCAGAGGAUGAUGAUUAUGAUGAAUUACACGCCAGUACCCAGAUGGAAGGUCAACAGACGAGUAACAGUGAAACGUACAGUCACAUUCACAGUCGAGGUGUUGCUGGUGGCAGCCUUGACACAUACGAUACAACAAAAGCAGACGUGUUUACUACGAAUGACGAGACGUACAAUCACGUGGACGGGAAACAACUAGGAAAAAACGACGAGGAGGACGAUUAUGACGAGCUACACAGUACGCAUGUGAAGGAUUAUCAAGGGAAUGACGACGAAGCACACAGUCAUAUUCAGAGUGCGAGAGAAGCUGACACCUAUGACAGGACAACGUUCACAUUUCGACGCGACUUAUAGCCAUGUGGACCCUAAUAAUCCGGACAGUCACGCGUGAAACUGUCAGUGGCAUUCACGGUCAAGGUGACACAUAUGACUGAAAAAGUCAAAGUUUGUUUUGUUUAACGAUACCACUAGAACAUAUUGAUUUAUUAGUUAUUAUAAACAUAUGGUAAUUUUGACAUAUAGGCAUAGAGAGUAUAACCAGCUACAUGUUUCCAUCAAUAACACGUGAUCAUUUAUAUACUCCACCGGCCUCAGUGGUGUCGUGGUUAGGCCAUCGGAAAUAAGGGUGAUAGGUACUGGGUUCGCAGCCCGGUACCGACUGCCACCCAGAGCGAGUUUUAACGACUAAAUGGGUA